AUGCAGGCAGUCAUAUAUAUAAUGGCGAAGAUCAGAUAUUUUACUAUCUCAGGCUACCUGCCCACCAACGGUGUGAUAGAUAAACGUAGAGAACGAGUUAAAAAAUAUAUCACACCGUCUAUCUAUCUAUCUAUCUAUCUAUCUAUCUAUCAAUUUCAUUCUGUUUCUAUCUAUCAAUCUAUCUAUUUCAGUUUGUUUAAAUCUAUCUGUCUAUCUAUAUCGAUCUCUCUAAGUUUGCUCAUAUCUAUCUAUCUAUCUAUCUAUCUAUCUAUCUAUCUAUCUAUCUAUCUAUCUAUCUAUUUCAUUCUGUUUCUAUCUAUCUAUCUAUCUAUCUAUCUAUCUAUCUAUCUAUUACCAUCUCUCACCCUCUCUCUCUCGCUCUAUCUAUCUCAGUAUGUUCAUAUCUAUCUAUCUAUCUAUCUAUCUAUCUAUCUAUCUAUCUAUCUCAGUCCCUUCGUAUCUAUCUAUCUAUCUAUCUAUCUAUCUAUCUAUCUAUCUAUCUAUCUAUCUAUCUCAUUCUGUUUCUUUCUAUCUGUCUAUGUAUCCAUCUAUGUAUUUAUGUAUGUAUGUAUGUAUGUAUGUAUCUAUCUAUCUAUCUAUCAAUUUCAUUUUGUUUCUAUCUAUCUCAGUCUGGUUAAAUCUAUCUAUCUAUCUAUCUAUCUAUCUAUCUAUCUAUCUAUCUAUCUAUCUAUGUCAGUCUGUUUAAAUCUAUCCGUCUAUCUCUAUCGAUUUCUCUGUUUGCUCAUAUCUAUCUAUCUAUCUAUCUAUCUAUCUAUCUAUCUAUCUAUCUGUUUGAGUCUUACAAUUUCUUCAGCUAAUUGUUCCUUUACACCUUUCGGAAAUUGUAUCUAUCUAUCUAUCUAUCUAUCUAUCUAUCUAUCUAUCUAUCUAUCUAUUUCAGCCUGUUCAAAUCCAUCUCACCCUGUUCAUUAUCUAUCUAUCUAUCUAUCUAUCUAUCUAUCUAUCUAUCUAUCUAUCUAUUCAUAUAUAACUAUGUUCAUUAUCUGUCUAUCUCUCUGUCUAUUUCAGCCUGUUCAAAUCUAUCUCACCCUGCUGUUCAAAUCCAUCUCACCUGUUCAUUAUCUAUCUAUCUAUCUAUCUAUCUAUCUAUCUAUCUAUCUAUCUAUCUAUCUAUCUAUCUAUCUCACUCUGUUAAUUAUCUAUUUCUCUGUUGCUACCUUCUCCCACUCUCUCAAAAGUCCAUGUUUUAUGGUUAGCCCGGGCGUCGGCGCCAUUGCUUGCCAUCUCAAUUCUUGCCGCGUCUUCCACGCAAGAAUUGUGCAGGUUCCAUUUGACGAGCUUCCUUUUUCUCCCCCUUUUUUUCCUUUGUCUUUUUGUUCUCUACUCUGUUGCUUACGUGUUUUUGUUGGGUUCGCUUUGUUCGUUCCGUUCCUGUUUCAUUUUCUCCUUUCCUUUUCGCAUCUUCUGCUUCUUCCAUUUUUAUUUCCUCGUACGUUCACGCCGACUUCUUUCUUUUCUUUCUUUCUUUUUUCUAUUUUCCUUUAUUUUUUUUAUUUUUCUUCUUUCUUUCUUUCAUCCGAUUUUUUGCUUUCCGCUUUCUCUUAUUUCUCUUUAGAUCAAGUUUUCUUUCUCUUUCUCCCUUUCCGUCUCUCUUCUUUUCCUUUAAACAAUUCUCGCUUUAAGUUUUGUUUUACCUUCCCGUUUGGUUUUCUUUCUUUCUUUCUUUUUUUUUUCUUUCUUUUCUUUCUUUCUUCCUUCCUUGCUUUCUUUCUUUCUUUUCUUUCUUUUCUUUCUUUCUUUUCUUUCUUUUCUUUCUUCCACUUUUCUUUCUUUUCUUUUUUUGUUGCCUGCUUUCUUUCUUUCUUUUCUUUCUUUCUUUCUUUCUUUCACUCUUUCUUUCUUUUUUUCUUUCUUUCUUUAUUGCUUGCUUGUCUUCUUUCUUUCUUUCUUUCUUUUUCUUUCUUUAUUGCUUUCUUGCUUGCUUGCCUUCUUUCUUUCUUUCUCUCUUUUUCUUUCUUUCUUUCUUUCUUUCUUUAUUGCUUGCUUGCCUUCUUUCUUUCUUUUUUUAUUGCUUGCUUGCCUUCUUUCUUUCUUUGUCAGAUGACAAGAUUUCUUUUUCAUUCUUCCUUUCCUCCUUUUAUUGCUUUUAAGAUGACACUUUCUUCUUCCUUAUUUCUUUUUUUUGGUUCGUUUCUGUCGUUUUUUUUCUUUUCAUUCCUGCUUACUUUCUUGACUUCUAACUUCAUUUUCUUUCAUUUAUUCAUUCUUUCAUUCUUUUUCAUUUCUUUCAGUUGGAAAGAUUUUCUUUUUUACUUUUUUUCGCUUCCUUCUCCUUUCCGAAAAUUGAUAAGAUUUUCUUUUUUCUUUUUUUUUUUUUCUUUACUUACUUCUGCUUUCUGGAAAUUCCUUUCUUUCUUUCUUUCUUUCUUUCAUUCUUUCUUUCCGAAAACAUUUUUCUUUAAUUCAUUUGAAACUCUAAGACUCAUUCUUUCAUUUUUUUUCUCUCUCCUUCUAUUUUUAUCUUUUGGAUUCUUAUCCCAAACUUUUGUUUUUCCUUUAGUAAAUACCUUCUCUUUCUUUCUUUCUUUCUUUCUUGCUUGCUUGCUUGCUUGCUUCCUUUCUUACUUUCUUGGUUUCUUUCUUUCUUUUUCUCUUUCUUUCUUUCUUUCUUUCUUUCUUUCUUUCUUGCUUGCUUGCUUGCUUGUUUUCUUUCUUUCUUUCUUCCUUUCUUGCUUGCUUGCUUUCUUUCUUUCUUUCUUUCUUUCUUUCUUUCUUUCUUCUUUGCUUGCUUGCUUGCUUGUCUUCUUUCUUUCUUUCUUUCUUUCUUGCUUGUUUUCUUUCUUUCUUGCUUGCUUUCUUGCUUUAUUUCUUUCUCUCUUUCUCUCUUUCUUUCUUGCUUGUUUUCUUUCUUUCUUUCUUUUCAGUUAUUGCUUUCUUUUAUUAUACUAUCAUCUUUGUCUUUGUUGUUAUUUCUGUAUUUGUUUUGCGUUUUUUUCAUUUUUUCUUCAUUCACUCAUAAACUCCUUCCUUAUUAAUUCUCUCAUUCCUUCCUUUUUUAUUUUUAAUUCCUUUCAUUCAUUUAAUUUCUCUUUUUUCCUUCUUCUUCAUUCAGUCUAA